GUGUGUUUGUGUGUGGGGGUGCGCGCGCUGUGAGACUGUGUACCGAAAAGCCAGUGACGGAUGUUGUGUAUAUAAGAUCAGUAUUUAAAAAAAAGAUAUGACUACAUAUUCUACCGGAAAUAAGAAAACCUGCAGGCGCCAAUAAAGAGGAGGAACAACGUGGACGCACGUGAAUCUCACUUGUCCAGAGCCAAGACAGAAAGGAAAGGAACGCGUUACCAAGUGCGGUAAAUUGGACUUUCCACCAUCAGCAACCCUCCUGUCUCCUCUUUUCUCUCUCUCUCUCUCUCUCUCUCUCUCUCUCUCUCUCUCUCUCUCUCGCCAUCCCUGCUCCUUCUGUAUAGAUCUCCCCCUCUUCACUCCUAUCAUACCACCCCCCCUCCUGGUCUACUUCCAUGAUCCCCGAAUAGCCUCGUACAGGAGCGCUCCUUAAAUAUCAGUGAGGGUUUGGAGAUUUUCGGGGUGACUUAAGAGAAGCUGGAUAUGGAUUAAAAGGAUAUUGCAAAACUGGAGCAGCACGCAAGACCACGCCGGGGUGGAAGGGGGCGACGGGACUCGGUAAAUUCACGGAGCCCCCGGGACAGAGGAUGUGAUUGGUCCCACCCCAAGAUGACAUCCCCCAAAAACAAAGCCAAGAAGAAACCACCCAAAGACAGCAUGACACUGCUGCCAUGUUUCUAUUUUGUGGAGCUCCCCAUUGUCCUGUCCUCCUUGGUGUCCCUGUACUUCCUGGAGUUGACAGAUGUCUUGUCCCCGGCGAUGGUGGGUUUCCGUUGCCAUGACCGUGACCUCUCAAUGCCCUACGUGGAGACGGGUGACGAGCUCAUCCCUCUGUUAAUGUUGCUGAGUUUGGCCUUCGCUGGGCCAGCAGCCUCUAUUAUGUUGGGGGAAGGCCUGAUGUACUGCAUGCAGUCCAAACUGAAGACUUGUCCCAAAUCAGAAGGCAGUAUAAACGCAGGAGGGUGCAGCUUUAACUCCUUCCUACGCAGAACUGUACGCUUUGUUGGUGUUCAUGUAUUUGGUCUCCUGGCAACAGCCCUGGUGACAGAUGUCAUCCAGUUAGCUACCGGCUAUCACGCCCCUUUUUUCCUCACAGUGUGCCAGCCCAAUUACACGGCCCCGGGAGUGUCAUGUGACAACAAUGCCUACAUCACACAAGACAUCUGCAUGGGAAAAGACCAAUAUGCUAUUUUAUCAGCUAGGAAAACAUUUCCAUCCCAGCAUGCAACACUGUCGGGCUUCGCUGCAGUAUAUAUCUCUAUGUACUUUAAUGUCAGCAUCAACAGCACAACUAAGCUGCUGAAGCCACUGCUGGUGUUUGCUUUCUGCAUGGCGGCAGGCCUCGCUGGCCUGACGCAGAUAACGCAACACCGCAGUCACCCAAUAGACGUCUACGUGGGAUAUCUGAUUGGAGCUGGAAUUGGAGUCUACCUGGCUGUGUAUGCAGUGGGAAACUUCAAAGCAUCAGAGGAAGAUGCUCCUUCUUUACAGAAACUAACCUCAGUCCAUCAGAAAGAGGGCCUCAGGGUGUUAAGUCAGAGGAGUCAUGACUCCCUGUACAGGAAAACUCCCAGAGUGUCUGAGAGUAGGGAGGAGCUGGGAGCCGGGCUGGGGUCUGGAGCCCGCAGUAAGGUGAGGAGGGAGAAGGCAUCCUUGGCCUCCCUGAAACGAGCAAGUGCUGAUGUGGAGCUGCUGGCAACCCGUGGUCCAAUGGGUAAGGAAACUAUGGUAACCUUCAGCAACACCUUGCCUCGAGUUGCAAAUGGCAACAGUCCCAUCUCUCCCUCUGAGGAGCCAAUCAUCACACAGCGUCACAUGACCUUCCAUGUGCCCUUUGACCCCCAAAAGUCUCGACAGCUUGUGUCAGAGUGGAAGCAACGCUCAUUGGAGCUCCGUAGCCAGAGCUCACGAGAUGAAGACGAGGCAGAGGAUGAAAAAGACAGAGGUGAAGGAGCAGCUGCUGCAGGAGACGGAGAAAACCAAGGGAUGCCUUCAUCUCUUUAUCCCACAGUGCAGGCUAACAACAGCACCGCCACACAAGCUGGAGCCAGGAUGGUGGUGGCACCCCCACUAGUUCACAUCCCUGAGGAGGCCUCUCGACCACCACCUGUCUCCCCGAAGAGCGCCAAGACUCGCGCCAAGUGGUUGUCACUCACAGAAGGAGAAAGGGUGAAAGAGCCAGGAACAGGACCCAUUGCCGUGUCGACUCCCCGUGUGCCCAACACACAGCCCAACCAGCUGCCUAGCCAGCAGAGAGUCACUCAGGUCAUAGCCAUGUCAAAGCAACAGAGCCAUGGACCGGCUUCUUCCUCCACGAAGACCUCAGAAGGUGGCUCCUCCUCUGGAGGUGGCUCCAACUGCUCCGAGUCACCAUAUUACCGCAUCCCAUCUGAUCGAGACAGCUGCACCGGAAGCAACCCAGGGAGCAUUGCUGGCAGCGGGAGCAUUGUCACAAUCGACGCUCACGCCCCUCACCAUCCCGUGGUGCGUGUGUCAGCCAGUAAUGGCAAGCCAUGGGAGUGGAGAAACACCAUCAGUGGUAACAUGAUGACCGCUGACACAAUGGGUGACAAACAUCGCUCGGCGCUGCAGCGACAGGACAAUGUCAGCCACUACAGAGAUUACCGGACGCUCCCAGUAAAAACAGACUCACUCUGCUCCUCCACGACCAGUGGUAGUGCCGAGGGAGGAGCAGAUCUGCCUCCUCCACCUCUCCCAACUGCUUCCUCCCCCCUCCCUCCUCCACCUCAGCUAUCAUCACCUCUUCCUCCACCACCUCCUCAUACCUCAUCUUCCCCCAUGCCGCCCCCUCCACACUCAAUCUCCUCUCCAAUGCCUCCACCUCCCCCUCAUACUGCCUCCUCUCAUAUGCCUCCUCCUCCUCACCCAUCUUCUCAGUCUUCUCCAUCCCCUCUCCAGUCUACCCAAAUGCCCCCACCUCCUCACCCAUCAUCCUCCCAAAUGCCCCCACCUCCUCACCCAUCAUCCUCCCAAAUGCCCCCACCUCCUCAUCCAUUAUCCUCCCAAAUGCCCCCACCUCCUCACCCAUCAUCCUCCCAAAUGCCCUUACCUCCUCACCCUUCUUCCUGCCAAUUGCCCCCACCUUUUCACCCAUCUUCCUCGCCAUUGCCACCUCCACCACACCCUUCUUCUAUGCCUCCUCCUCACCCAUCUUGCUCUAGCAUGCUUCCCCCUCCCCCCCACCCUGACCUGCUGAUAGACAGCCACGGUCAGGCACUAUCCCGCUCCUCCACCUUGCCUCGCCGACCCUCCGUCUCCGCCCGCAGCCAUGCUGAGCAGGAGCACUACUACAAAGCCAUGCAGAACGAAAGGAUGUUAUAGUAAACAGGAAUUACGACAGACGUCAUUGUUACAAUACAGAUUUUACUUGAAAAAACUAAGCUGAGCAGACAGUUAAACAAGUCAGGCUGUGACAAAGAAGUUGAGAUUUAUGACUUUUGAAAAAAAUGACAAAAACAUUUGGAGCCACUGAAGGGGUUGAGGACUAUGAGGAGGUCUGGCAGCUUACAAUAUCAGCAGGAAAUCUGUUUUUUUUUUUUUUUUUUUUUUCCUUGCUCACACACAGAGCCAGCCAUGACAAGAGAAAGAAUUGAUCGAAAGAAGAGCAAAAGCGAAGGGUGUAAAAAAUAAAAAAAAAACAAUAUAUAAACCCUGGUUCACUUCUGCUGUCAGCAGUUUCUGAGUUUCUUUAAGACACAUUCAGAGAAGGAACUGAAGAGGCUGCAGCAAAACAAGAGUUAUCACAAUGAAUGGUCUGGGAUUUUCUACAUCAAGUUUCCCUUGAGUGGUAUAUAAGACUGAGAAAACAACUACAGGCAAUGCUAGCUCAUCUUAAGCCACUGCAGCUGUUUGAGGUUGCCAACUAUCACACACCGAGAAUUUCCUGUGUGUUCAGCUGAAAAACUUCAUCGCCCAACAGAGAUGAAAAAUAAAAGAAUCUAGUAAAGUCAAGUUCAGCCACAGGUUUAAGAGUAUGGGGGGUUUAACCCUUCUAAAUAAACAACCCAAAUGGGGAAUUGUAUUUUCAAUGCUGAGGAAAUGUGUCAGUAUCCACCAGAGAGAGCCGGCUUAGGAACCAGGAGGAGGAGUUGGUGUAAGGAGGAUCAUGCACAGUUGGGUACUCCUAUACAGACGUCACUGAAUGGAUUACUGUUGUAAACAUGAGAAGCAGUGAAAUUGAAAGAGAAUUGUUCCAAAAAUGACGAGGGCGACCGAGCUGUGUAAGAACAAAGAGGCAGGCAGAUGGUUGGUUUAAGCUUUGUGUGAAACCUGCCUCUGAACGGUGGUUGAAGCUAAGAGAUAAGUUUGUUUAUCAAACAUUGUUCUUGCCAUUUUGGCUUCUGGCAAAUCACAGUACUGAUGGGAAUAUCAGUGGAGAGUACAUCAUUAUCAUCACCGUAACUGCUAAAGCAGGUUGGGUUGCGGCUUACUGGCUGUAUAAUCAGUCAGGAAUAUGAAACAUUUUUAACAAACAACAUCUCUGAGAUGUCAGGUUGGUUUUUUUAAAAAAAGUCUCUUUGAUAUGCAUCCAUGAUUUUUUACAAAACCUAUUUACUCACAACUUUUUACCCAACUCAAUCUAUUCAAACAUCCAUCAUCAUUUAUAUUUUGCAGGGGCACAAGAUAUUAUGUCUCUAAAUAACCCUUUAACAAGUAUGCCUUAUUAGGAAGUUAGACUUUCCUUUUUUCCCCAAAUGAAAUAACUCUGUUAAGCAGAGGACGGUGUAAACAAAGGUUUA